AUGAUCCGCCUUAAAGCUAAGCAAGCAGAAAAGAAGGCUGAGGAGGAGGAAGCCGCAGCUGCUUCCGAGCCACGUGAAAGUGUUCCUUUCAGUAAACCAAAGACAAAAAUACUUGGCGUUGGUCGCGGUAAACGCGGCGGUACGAGUAAGGAGAAGAAGCGUACCCCCGGCGAGAUUCGCAUUCAAAAAGACAUUGCAGAGCUGGAUGGUGGAAAAGCAGCGACCGUCGCUUUUCCAGAAGUGAAUGACCUCACGAUGUUUAAUGUGAAGAUUGCAGUGGAUACGGGACUUUGGAAAGGCGCGUCCUAUGAUUUCAGCUUUAAAAUUCCUCCGAUGUAUCCUCAUGAUCCACCGAAAGUGCGAUGCUUGACAAAGAUUUAUCACCCGAACAUUGACCUUGACGGUAAUGUUUGCCUAAAUAUAUUACGCGAAGAUUGGAAACCUGUUUUAGACAUCAAUUCGGUCAUCUACGGCCUAAUUUAUUUGUUUUACGAGCCUAAUCCGGACGACCCACUCAAUAAAGAAGCUGCAGAACUAUUUCGCAACGAUCCGAAACAAUUUGCUGCGGCUGUGCACAGGUCUUUACGAGGAUUCACUGUCCAGGGUAUCGAAUUUGAGAGGCUGAUUUAA